AUGGCUAAUCAGCUUUGGCGCCUGAACCGCAGCGGGGUGGUCCUGCUAUGCGUUUUCCUGGGGAUACUGCGUGAGUCCAGGACUCGGCAGAUCAGAUACUCAGUGCCGGAAGAGACGGACAAAGGCUUCUUCGUGGGCAAUAUCUCCAAGGACCUGGGGCUGGAGCCCCGGGAGCUGGCGGAGCGCGGAGUCCGCAUCAUCUCCAGAGGCAGGACGCAGCUUUUCGCUUUGAGCCCGCGAAGCGGCAGCUUGAUCACGGCGGGCAGGAUAGACCGGGAGGAGCUCUGCGAAGCGGUUUCCGCCUGUCUUUUAAAUAUGGAGAUUCUUGUAGAAGACACCUUGAAGAUUUAUGGAGUGGAGGUAGAAAUAAUGGAUAUUAAUGAUAACGCCCCCAGCUUCCGGGAAGAAGAAGUUGAGAUAAAAGUCAGUGAGCACGCAGCUCUGGGAUUGCGAUUUCCGCUUCCUAAUGCUAAGGAUCCAGAUGUGGGAAUGAACUCCCUCCAGAGUUAUCAGCUAAGCCCUAAUAGUUACUUUUCCUUGCAUGUGGGAGGCGGAAGCGAUGGGGCCAAGAAUCCAGAGCUUGUGUUGGAGGAAGCACUGGACCGGGAAAAAGAGACUGUUCACUUUCUCCGUCUCACAGCCUUAGAUGGAGGCUAUCCCAUCCGCAAGGGCGUGGUUCCCAUUCGGAUAGUGGUCCUUGAUGUAAAUGACCACAUCCCGAAGUUCACACAGUCAGUGUAUCGAGUGAGUGUUCCAGAGAAUCUCAGCUCUGGAACUCGUGUACUUUUCGUAAACGCAACUGAUCCAGAUGAAGGAGUCAAUGGGGAAGUGACGUAUUCAUUCCGGAAUGUGGAAAACAAAGCUUCUGAAAUAUUCCAGUUGGAUUCUCAAACUGGAGAAGUCCUAAUACGGGGAUCUCUGGAUUAUGAGAAAUACAAAUUCUAUGAGGUGGAAAUUCAAGGCCAAGAUGGUGGAGGUCUGCUAACGACAGCCAGGUUGUUGAUCACUGUUGCAGACGUGAAUGAUAACGCUCCGGAAAUAACCAUCACGUCUUCUACUAACUCAGUGCUGGAAAAUUCUCCUCCAGGUGCAGUAAUUGCUCUUCUUAAUGUGCAAGAUCAAGACUCUAAAGAAAAUGGUCUGGUUUCCUGUUUCGUUCCUAAGAAUUUACCUUUCAAAUUAGAAAAGACUUACGGAAAUUAUUACAAGUUGGUAACAAACAGCCCACUGGACAGGGAACAGGUUCAGAGCUACAAUGUAACAGUGACCGCUACAGACCAGGGAAGUCCACCCUUGUCUACAGAAACUCAUAUCUUGCUGAACGUGGCAGAUGCCAAUGAUAACCCACCAGCUUUCCUUCACUCCACUUACUCAGCCUUCAUACCUGAAAACAAUCCUAGAGGCUCUUCUAUCUUUUCAGUGACAGCGCACGACCCAGACAGCAAAGAGAACGCCAGAGUUAUUUACUCUCUGGCGGAAGACUCCAUCCAAGGGGUGCCUCUGUCCUCCUACAUCUCCAUCAAUUCUGACACUGGAGUUUUGUACGCGAUGUGCUCUUUUGACUACGAACAAUUCCGUGACCUUCAACUGUGGGUGACAGCACACGACAGCGGGGACCCGCCACUCAGCAGCAACGUAUCCCUGAGCCUAUGCGUGUUGGAUCAGAACGACAACAUACCAGAGAUCCUGUACCCUGCUCUUCCCACUGACGGCUCCACCGGAGUGGAGCUGGCACCUCGUUCCGCAGAACCUGGCUACCUGGUGACCAAAGUGGUGGCGGUGGACAGAGACUCUGGUCAAAACGCUUGGCUGUCCUACCGCCUACUCAAGGCUAGUGAACCAGGACUCUUCGUGGUAGGGGUACACACGGGCGAGGUACGCACAGCGCGAGUCCUGCAGGACAGAGAUGCGCUCAAGCAGAGCCUGGUGAUCGGGGUCCAGGACCGUGGUGAGCCCCCUCUCUCUGCCACAGUUACACUCACCGUAGCAGUGGCCGACAGCAUCCCCGAUAUCCUGGCGGAUCUAGGCAGCCAAGAGUCUCCAGCCAACCCCGAUAACUCCGGACUCACUCUGUACUUGGUGGUGGCUGUGACUGCGGUUUCCUGUGUCUUCCUUGCCUUUGUCAUUGUGCUGCUGGCACUCAGGCUGAGGCGCUGGCACACAUCGCGCCUACUCCAGUCUUCGACAGGUGGAUUGACCAGUGUACCAGGCACGCACUUUCUGGGUGUGGACGGGGUGCAGGCUUUCCUGCACACAUAUUCCCACGAGGUUUCUCUCACCGCUGACUCCCGGAAGAGUCACCUGAUCUUCCCCCAGCCAAACUAUGCAGAUACACUCAUUAGCCAGGAGAGUUAUGAGAAAAGCGAGCCACUCUUAAUAUCGGAAGACUCAGCUCCGGGUUUAGGCAAAAGUGAUCCGAUGAAUAAUCAGGUGAGAUUUCCCAAUCAACCAAGUGCUGCUGUCUCAGCACAAUCUUUUAGUUUGUUUUGUUUUUUUCUGAUCUAG